UGGAAGGAGGAACGUAGAGGUCGAAGUGCGCUGGACUCCGCCAGCGUUCCUCUGUGAAGGGCUCUCGGUCGUAAUUAUGCAUCGGCUGAAGCUGCUGUCUCGACACCUGUCCUCGUCCGACCCCUCUGUUCAGACAUGCAGCGCCCGGACCGCGGAUGGUCCUGAUGACAUCGUUGUGGUCCACGGGUUACGGACCCCGAUCGGCAGGGCUAAGAGGGGCUCGUUCAAGGACACCACGCCAGAUGAACUGCUCAGUGGGGUGAUGUGCGCCGUGCUGAAGGAUGUGGGCCUGGCGCCCGAUAAGUUGGGGGACAUUUGUGUUGGUAAUGUACUACAACCAGGAGCCGGAGCUCUGGUGGCGAGAAUUGCGCAGUUUCUCAGUGGCUUUCCUGAGACUGUGCCCGUCUACACGGUAAACAGGCAGUGUUCGUCAGGUCUACAAGCACUUUUUAACAUAGCAGGUGGAAUCAGGAAUGGCUCCUAUCAUAUGGGUCUUGCAUGUGGGGUGGAGAGUAUGUCUCUGCGCUCUGUUGGAAACCCAGGGGACGUCAGCUCCAGGCUGAUGGACAAUGAGAAGGCCAGAGACUGUCUCAUCCCUAUGGGAAUCACCUCAGAGAAUGUGGCAGAGAGGUUUGGCAUCACCAGAGAGAAGCAGGACACCUUUGCCUUCAGCUCUCAGCAAAAGGCAGCUCUGGCUCAGAGGCAGGGCCUGUUUGACCAAGAGAUCGUUCCAAUCACCACCAGGUUCGUGGACGAGAAUGGAACCGAACGCACAAUCACAGUCAGCAAGGACGAUGGCAUCCGACCGGGCACCACCGCGGAGGGCCUGGCCAAGCUGCGCCCGGCGUUUAAAGAGGAUGGCAGCACCACUGCAGGUAACGCCAGUCAGGUGAGUGACGGUGCCGCAGCGGUGCUGGUGGGACGCAGGUCCGCGGUGGAGGCUCUGGGCCUGCCCGUGCUUGGGGUCCUGAGAGCCAGUGCUGUAGUGGGUGUAGCCCCAGACGUGAUGGGCAUCGGACCAGCCUAUGCUAUCCCUGCAGCUCUGCAAAAAGCAGGUUUGACUGUUGAUGAUGUUGAUGUGUUUGAGAUCAACGAGGCCUUUGCUAGUCAGGCGGUUUACUGUGUUGAAAAACUGGGCAUUCCUCUGAAGAAAGUCAACCCUAAGGGCGGCGCCAUUGCCCUGGGUCAUCCGCUGGGCUGCACGGGGGCACGCCAGGUCGUGACCUUACUGCACGAGCUGAAACGCAGACGUAGGAGGGCCUAUGGAGUGGUGUCCAUGUGCAUUGGCACUGGGAUGGGAGCAGCUGCCGUCUUCGAGUACCCGGGUCAAUGAUGGGACCUAACGCUCAGAAAUGAACCUUCUGAAGAGUAACUAACUCAUGAUACAGAUUCUGCCCUGGUCAGAGUAUAGUCUACUACUGCACUUAGUCAGAGAGUUGCAGGCUGAACCACGUAGAAGACCGAAUUGUGAUUUGCAUGGAGAGAUUUAGUCUAAAUGUAUGGUGAUCAGCACCUAAAACUUAUGAUACUCAUAAUUUCGACAUGUUCUUCCAAAUGUGCCUCGUCUUGUAAUAUAAACAACCAGUCAUGGAGAUGUAAAAUGCAUUUUUUAGUAUAAGAACUACCAAUUCUGACUUUCUGUUCUGUUAGAUGUGCGUAGCACUACACACUGUUCUACAAUGGACACAUUUCAUGUUUCUUAAUAAUCUUCUGUGUUGGUGAGCCAAGAGAGACACAGAAAAGGCACAAACGGAGAUCCGCACGGCAGGCUGGAGAUGGGAAGGGUGUGCUGAACAGACACAUCUGUAUGACAUGAGUCAUAACAACAGAAGUGUGGCCAAAAUAUGAGGUUAUCUGAAGAUGUCUAAAUAAGUCUAAAUUUUGAUUGGCAGAUUCGAAUGUUGACGUCAAACAGCCAGCUGUGCUUAGCUGAAGCCUUCUCUGGCUGGUCCUUCCCCUCUGGCCUGUAAUCUGCCUC